ACCGGAUAGGACUGUACGCGUCGCGUUGAUUCAAAAACGACGCAAAAUUCGUUAAGAAAACCCGUUGGAAAAGUGUUAAUAGCCAUUCUUAUGUUUUAAAUAGUAUAUUUAUUUGAUAAUAAUUCGUGACAGAAAUGGAAGACGUGUAUACAAUAAAAGUGAAAACGAAACCAGAUCCAAGGAACUUGUAUCCAUCGGAACGUCGGUAUUCUGCGUCGACCGUGUCUGGCUUUGCUUGGGUUCACAUUGUUCUGGCGAUAACAUUAUUAAUAUUAACAAGCUUAACAUUAAUCAAACCAGAAGAAAAUUCAGAAUUUACCAACACAUCGAACUUCAAGAAUUCCACAAACAACGAUAAUUCAUAUCUGUUAGUGAUGGCGCCAAGUUUAGUGGCAAUAUUCGCGGUAACUGCUGGUUUAACUGCAAUUUUGUCAUCUGUCAAAUGGUACAUUGAUAAAAACAUAGCAUUGUUUUUCAUAGCGUCUGUUGUUACAUUUUUAUCAUGUUUAUUAGCUAUUUGUUUGAUUAUAACAUGGAGAUUGACUAAUAAUGGCGAGAGGGAAGUCUUUGUGUUAAAACACACCGAUAUACUAAAUAAAAAUGAAACCCACUUGGUAAUUAAUCGACCCGUUACUGAGGAACAAACUAAAUGGUUAACAAAUAAUGUUUUGUUUGUAAACAUUUUGAUUGCUACGAUAUUAGAGUUGAUCUGGUCAAUUUUAAGUAUAAAAAUCUCAUAUAAAGGUAUGAAAAACACGUAUAAUGUUGAGGAUAAACGCGGAGAUUGUGUCCAAGUUGUGACAAAGAUAAAAGGAACACACGGAAGAAAAUUUCACCCCAAAAUUAAUAGGAUUUUUCUUGCCCAUAAUAAAAAUGGUUUUUAUUUGAAGAAUGAAAAAGUAAAAACUCCAGAGACAAGUUCCGAGUCGUAUAAAGAACGAAUGAUGGAUUUUUUGAAUGAGUCCUUUGAAGGGUCAUCAAGUCCGGAACAAUCCUGUGUGCAAUCAGAAACUGCCAUACAACCGGUAACCCCCAAUAAACGAAUAACACCCCUCAGUUGGGGAGAUUCACCAGAUCAUACUGUGUAUAAUCAAAAUACACUGAAUUUUGACAGAGUUUUCGAGUUUCUCAAUGAUAAGAGAGAUAAUAAGGAGUGACAAAUUUGUUUUUGUCUAAACUCUCAAUAAGAUAUAUUAAAAUAUAAAUAAAUAAUAUAUAACAUAUAAAUAGUUAGCAAUUAUAUAUACAAUAUGUUAUCUGUAAUGGAAGGCAUAUAGCAGCAGGCACACCUGAUGUUAUGUGACACCGCCGCCUAUGGACACUCACAUUGGGCUCCCAAGUGCGUUGCUGGGCUUUCAAGAAUUGGUAUGCUCUUUUCUUGAAGGAGCCUUUGGAAAUACUUCACUGGGCAGCUGGUACCACAUAGAGGUGGUGUGCAGCAAAUACUGCCCUAAGAAAUGCUUAGUUGUGGACCGAUAGACAUUGAGAUGAUAUGGAUGGUAUUUUGUAUUCUGCUUUGACGUCUGAUAUUGAAACACAGCUGCAGGUUAUUAGGCUGAAUAACUCCUCUAAACACUCUCCAUUGCCUGGCAAGACCAUAAGACUAAUGUCAAUCAUCAAACAAACAAACUCGGAAUUUACAAAAUAGAAAUAACUGGUGAAAUUGAUGUAAAGGAAAUAUUAAAUUCUUUUAAAUGGCACUGAUCACAAUAACAAAUUCCAGGCUCAGAAAGCAUGUAUGACCUUUAUGUAGUCUGCUGUACAGUGUGUUUGGUCUAACCAUAAAACUACUGUUGCAUUAGACUCUCCUUUUCUCUAUACAAAUAUGUUUUAAACAUAGUAAACAUGUAAGUUGGAAAUUCUGCAUGAGUAGAGGUUUUGACGAAUCUUGGCAUCUUGUAGCCCAGACGGCUUGCUAGUUUUCUCACAAUGUUUUCCUAGAUCAUGUGAUUGGUAAGUAUGCGCAAAGAAAGUCCAUUUGUUGAACUGUACCGUAAUGAGUCUGAUGCUCAUACAACUAGGCCGCCACUGCUGAAUAUUGUUAAUAGUUGUAGAAAUUAUAUUGUGAUAUUUUUAUAAUUUUUUACAUGACCUUGUAUUUUACUUAUAAUAAAUUUAUUAAAAUAUA